AUGGCUACAUCAAAGACGGCAACAACGGCGGCCAGAAUUUUCUCACGUUUGGAUAGUGUCGAGGAGGUGCAACGCGGUCGCAGUGGCAGCGCUGUGGGAAUAACGCCGCCUGGCGGACCAGGAGCGGUAUCUGCCGGUGUGGGAUCAGGAUCGGGAGCGGGUACGGUGGCAGCGGCAGUGGUGGCAACGGGUUCACCGGCCAGGAGUGGCCAGCAGCAGUACGUCGGUGGAGGCGGCGUCGGCGGCGGUGGAGGAGGCGUGGCGGGUUCGGCUGCUGUGGGCGUGGCAGGUGCAGGAGGCGUGGCAGCGGUACGACAACGCAGCGCCAGCACGGUGCUCGACAUCAAUUUGCCGCAGCGCAAAGUGUCCGUUGGCGGUGGCUUGGCCGGACCACCAUCUCCAGUUAUUCGGAAUGGUUUCAGUGUCUAUGAUCCGCCGCAAUCAUUGAUUUCCAGCCGGCACGCCAACUUUAAUGGCCAGGGUGUGGGUGGGGGCGGCGCAGCAGGUGCAAUAGCAGCCGGUGGCACAGCAACCGGCGUGGAGCUGGUGCAGCAGGUGCGGGCUUAA